UUGUACUAAUUUUUAAGUAGAAAACACGGACUGACUGUUUCAACUCGUGAAAUUUUUCAAUUAUUACUAAAUUAUUCAGUAAUAAAAAAUCAUAAUCCGUUAUCAUUCUUUCAUCAGUCAUUUCUCAUGAAAGUUUUUUUUAUGUUUCUGGGCCAAAGUCAAGAAUGUGUAGACAUUGAGUAGUAUCUAUCGAUUAAUAAGACGCAGAAACAAAUUUUAAUUUUAAAAAUACUGUGUAAAUAUGGCACAUUUUAGACGUGAUAUUACUUAUAGUGCUCUAGACAACGAAUUGACUCCGCCACUUGCAAGAUCUGCAGAAAAUACUCCAACGAUGAUCACUCUGGAUCAAGAACACGACGAUGCUACCAAUGUGAUCAUUCAUAAAGUUCCACAGACGAAAGGGGGAUGGACUCAUAUAGAGGACCUUGAUUCAUUUUUUACUAGAAUGUAUAAGUAUUAUAUUAGGGGUGGUUUUUAUCCAAUGAUGAUAUCCGAUUCGUUAUCUUUGAUUCAAUUUAUAUUUAUUGUAUGGUUUUCAUCAUUUCUGGCAUAUUGUAUAGACUAUCCAAAGUUAUUUAGGACUGAACCAAAUGCAAACAGGACUGAAAAAUUAGGUUUAAAUGAUGUAAUAUAUUCCUCUUCAGAAUGUGUUAGACAUAUAUCAUGGACGUGGUGGUGUAUUAUUGCAUUGUGUUCUAUUAUUUGGACGAUGCGGUUAUUUAUAUCAAUAUAUCACUUAUAUUAUGCUUAUGACACAAAAUUAUUUUACAAUAAUGCUUUAAAAAUUAAAGAGAGUGAUUUGGCUUGGAUAAACUGGUCAACCAUACAGGAGAGAGUAAGAGAAGCACAACCCGAACAUCACAUGUGUGUUCACAAACGAGAGAUAAACGAGCUUGAUAUUUACCACAGGAUACUCAGGUUUAACAAUUACAUGGUGGCCAUGGUUAACAAGAAUCUACUUCCCCUGGAAAUACACAUACCAUGUAUUGGCAGUUUUCAUUAUUUAAGCAGAGGUUUAAAAUGGAAUUUAGAAUUUCUUUUAUUUUAUAGCCCUUGGAGUCCCUGGGAGAAUUGUUGGCAGCUACGAUCAUGUUACAAGGAUGCCACUCAGAGGAAGGCACUAGCGAAAAAAUUACGAACGCAAAUUACUCUUCUGGCAAUGGUGAACCUUGUCCUGGCACCACUCAUACAAGCUUGGCAGAUACUGUACUUCUUCUUCAAUUAUGCUGAGUUAAUAAAGAGAUCACCGGGUUCCCUCGGGCUCCGCACGUGGUCGUUAUAUGCGAGGGUCAAUUUGCGUCAUUUUAAUGAACUCGAACACGAAAUAAGGGACAGACUCAACAGAGCUCAUAAACCUGCUACGAAGUACAUGGCAAGCUUCUCUUCCCCCAUCACGACGGUUAUUGCUAAAAAUGUCGUGUUUAUAUCAGCGAGCGUUUUAGGCGUGCUCGUGGUGCUGUCUGUUUACGACGAGGACGUGUUGUUAGUUGAACAUGUACUGACUAUCAUCACGAUACUUGGCUGCGUUAUUGCGGGAGCUAGGUCGCUGAUAGGUGAAGAGGACCGUUUGGGCGGAGUGUAUACGGGACCGGCCAGGGGCGAGGAGCUACUUGUUCAAGUGCUCGGUCACGUACAUUACUUGCCGGUCGCGUGGCGUGGUCGAGCCCACACAAAGGACGUGGCCACUCACUUCCAGCAAUUGUUCCAGUAUAGAGCGGUCUACAUACUUUUUGAGCUUCUAAGUCCUCUGCUGUGUCCGUUUGUGUUGCUAUCACUGCGUUCGCGUUCGUUGGACAUUGUCGAUUUUUAUAGGAAUUUUACCGUAAGCGUGCUCGGUAUUGGCGACGUGUGUUCCUUUGCUCAGUUGGAUAUACGACGCCACGGUCAUCCUGAUUGGCAAGUUCCUGGCAAAAACGGAAACAAAGCGUGCAACACGCAAUACAACCAAGCGGAGGAGGGCAAGACGGAGCUCUCGCUGGUCGCGUUUUCGUGCCGCCACCCCGCCUGGCAGCCCGCGGAGCCUCAGCGCCAGUUCCUACGAUCGCUGCGCCAGAGCGUCCACCAGGCACUGCCCGCGAACCACGCACUCAAUAAGACAAUGCUCAGUUCAUUUAUACAGCAAAGUAUAUUUGGUACGACUACUCCUUUUCCUGCCAUAUUUUCGGGUUACCAGCAACAAAACGCGCAAUAUAAGCUUCCCGACAUGGAUGAGAUCAGCGAUGAGGAAGCGGAAGGGGUGUCUUCAGGGCUGGCGGGUGCUAGUAGUGCUCUGGGUGCGAGUGCUCUUGGGAUUGGAGCUGCAGACACCCUCCCAAAUGAAGUCCGCGACAUGUCUGUCAGCACGCUUCACUUGUACGACCUGCAGUAUGAACAGAUGAGACCAGACCCAGCGUGCUGUACCAACAACUGUAGCGAAAGGAGAUCGAGUCGCUGGGAGAGUGGAGAGAACACGCCUCUCCUCCACCGCCCAUAACAGUGGCGUGACCCUUCCCGCGCUGUGUGGGUCUAGCGGGGAGUCGUGCUAAUUAGAACAUUAUAAGUACGUGAACAGAUGUGGUAAUUGCCUAUGAGCGACAAUCGAACAUCUGACCUUUUGACCUCCGACCUUCAAUUUCAUCUUAGUGACCUCUGCGCCGAACUGAACUUGUGUAUUAUCAACACGUGUAACGAAAAAUUUAAAAAUAAAAAGUGUGAGUCUACUCCGACGUACGACUGGAGUUUACUCCUUCAGAUCGAUU